UGGUCGGUUUUAUCAGCCUUCAACUCUCAAGCCAUCUGAAUAUCCUGAUCAUGGCUGUGACCAACCAACCAGGCAGAUACCAACCUUCUGAUUUCCAGACAGGCCUGUGUGAUUUCUGUGAUGACUGUGGAACUUGCUGCUAUGGUCUGUGUUGCUACCCAUGCCUGGGCUGUACCAUUGCCAGUGACAUGGACGAGUGCUGCCUGUGUGGUCUGAGCAUGGCCAUCCGCAGCGUCUACAGGACCAAAUACAACAUCAAUGGUUCACUGUGCAAUGACUUUAUGGUGGUCAUGUGCUGUCCCGUCUGUGCUACCUGCCAACUAAAGAGAGAUAUUGACCGCAGGAAGGGAGCAAGGCAUUUUCUGAAAGGGUAAGAACCUUGUAAUGGC